AUGCUGAUUGAUCCUUGUGCUCUCUCCCUUCAGGAUCCCUCAGUGACACAGCUCACAAACACCAGCCAAAGUGGCUUGGAUGAAUUCAACCCCUUUUCCGAGAGCUCCCAGCUGACAAAUGCAGCCCGGACGACGCCGGCCGUGCAGCCCUCGGGCCACUCGCAGCCGGCUGUUCUGCAGACGUCCGUGGAGCCCACGCCCCAGGCCGUGGCCGCGGCAGCACAGGCCGGGCUGCUUCAGCAGCAGGCAGAGUUAGAGAGGAAGGCAGCUGAGCUGGAGAAGAAGGAAAGGGAACUGCAGAGCAACUCAGCCAGCAUUAACCCGAGGCAGAACAACUGGCCACCCCUUCCCAAGAAGUGUCCCAUCAAGCCGUGUUUUUAUCAGGAUUUUUCUGCAGACAUCCCAGCUGACUACCAGCGGAUAUGCAAGAUGCUGUAUUACUUGUGGAUGUUGCAUUCCAUUACCCUGCUCCUAAACCUGCUCGCUUGUCUGGCGUGGUUCACAACUGAUGAUGGCAGAGGCGUAGACUUUGGUCUCUCGAUUCUUUGGUUAAUUUUAUUCACCCCUUGUGCCUUUCUCUGUUGGUACCGACCAAUUUACAAGGCUUUCAGGUCUGACAGCUCCUUCAGCUUCUUCGUCUUCUUUUUUGUCUUCUUCUGCCAAAUAGCAAUCUACGUCAUCCAGGCUGUUGGCAUUCCUGGCUGGGGAGACAGCGGGUGGAUCGCGGCGCUGUCGGAGGUGCGCAGGAACCUGGCCGUGGCCAUUAUCAUGAUGGUGGUGGCAGCGUUCUUCACGCUGUGUGCUGUUCUCUCCCUCUUCCUCCUGAAGCAGGUGCAUUCCCUGUAUCGGCGCACGGGAGCCAGUUUCCAAAGGGCCCAGGAAGAGUUUUCCCAAGGCAUCCUCAGCAACAGGAGCUUCCAGAAUGCAGCGGCCGGGGCAGCCUCCUCAGCUGCACAGAGUGCUUUCCGGGGAAACUAGCCCUUCCCAGCAAAACUAGCCCUUCCCGGGCUGCCUCCCCCUUGUUUUCUCUGCCCUUACCACUCCUUUUUUUUUUUUUUCCCUAAAAAUGCACUUUUUGGGGGUACCAUGUGAGCUCUGUGAUGCCGACUCCUGAUGAGAAGAGGUUUUUUUAGCUUCAGCUGAGCUACGGUUUUGAUGAUUAGUUUUCCCUGUCUUAUUUUAGGGUGUGGGGAGAUGGGGGAGACAUUCUCUGAAGUAAAUAUAUUUCUCUAUCCAGGA